CAAGUCGCGCAUGCGUCAUACCGAAACAGGAAGUAUUUUUGAGUCAGAAAAUAGACGAUAUUUAAUUGGAGAAAAUAUCAAUUUAUUUUAAAAUAGUAACUUCAGUUGUAAAUAUUUAGGUAGGCUGGUGCAACACAAAGAUUAUUACGUUAUUUUUGUGACCAAUCAAAAUGGAAAUAUGGUUGAAAGUCAACUUUAUAACAACUUUAUUGGCUGUGUUUACAUCUAAAUGGACAGAGAGUAAACAAUUAGACGAGUAUAUACUGCACUAUGAGGAAUUGACAUAUAACACAGAACAACUACACAAUAAACAUAUGCGGCAUAAACGUUCACUUGAUAACGCAGUGCAUUUAAACUUAAAUGCAUUUGAUAAAAACUUCAAUUUACGUUUAAAGCAUGAUGCAUCUGUGUUCACACCAGACUUUGUGCUCGAGUUCAACGGGACAAAACAAAGACCAGACUUGUCCUUCAUUUACCAGGGAGAAGUUAAAGAUAAACCGGGCAGUUCUGUGAUGGGUGGGAUUAUUCAAGGUGUGUUCACUGGUUCCAUUCAUAUACCCAGUGAGCAAGAGACAUAUCAUGUAGAAAACAGUUACAGAUUUUUCGAUAAGAAGCCAGAGUUCCAUUCUGUCAUCUAUAAAGAAAGUGAUAUGAACCUGGACCCAUUCAGGGAGAGAAGACUCAGGGAGAAAAGAGAUGCUGAAAAGUUUGGGACAUGCGGUAAUACAAACGCCAAAGAAUGGAUGAGACAAGUUGUAGCUUCAGAGAUAAAAGAAAUUAACAGAGCUAAAAGGGUAAUACAUUUUAGUUUUUAAAGUGCAUAAAAUGAA